AUGCAACGCCUCGAGCAGGCUUGGCCGGUGCCUGCGGAUUGUCAAUGCAGCUUGAAGGUCAUACCUCCCUAUGCUCAGUUGCUGCGUCUCAGUCCGGUUAAAAUGGGAAAGCAGGAUGAGGAAACUCGUAGGCAUGUUGAAUUGGCGUGGGGCAUUCCGUGGUCGCCAAGUGAAUUCAUUCAGUGUGCUUGCAAAGCUGUCCACCCUGUGGCCCAAGAAGCACAAUUACCCAGCGAACUUCUUCAAGCCGUCGAAGUGAAUUGCAAUGCGACGACAGCGUCGGCCCUUGAAGGGAAGCGCACAGCUUGGUUUGAAAAAUGGUUCAAACGGUGCUUGGAACUCAGGACAGACGAAUGCAAACUCAAGGAUGGCAUGCAUCCCGACGUCCGAGGCAUCCUUGAACCUAAAAACCUUCUUGUCUGGCGCGAAAUCUUAGAUGACCUCAACUACCCUGACAAAACUGUCAUCGAGGAGGUGAUUUCAGGGACCGUGUUGACUGGUGAAGUUCCGAGUACUGGGCUAUUCAACCCUGUUUUCAAACCCGCGGCAAUGUCCGAGGACUUGUUGCGAGACACCGCCGAUGAGGGCAGGCACAGUGUCUUCCGGAGUGUUAAGUCGCAGGGUGAUUUGCUUGACCAAGAAGUAAAGAAGCAAACCCUUGAAGAACUACAGAAAGGUUGGUUAGAAGGGCCCUUUGAUCCGUCUGAGCUGCCUAACGGCUCAGUAGUUUCUCGCCGGUUCGGGAUCCAGCAAGGGUCAAAGGUACGUCUGAUAGACGACCUCAGUGCAUCGCACGUCAACUCGUGUGUCCAAACAAAUGAGUCUCCAAAGCCCCAUUCCACCGACGUUCUUGCUGCACUUGCCAUUCAGCUCAUGAGGUCCACCAAUGAGCCACUCUUGGGUCGUACCCAUGAUUUGAAAGCAGCAUAUCGACAGCUGGCGGUGUCCCAGAGUUCCGCUUGGUGCUCGUACGUUUGCAUCUGGGACCAUGAGCGUGCCGCCCCCGUGUGCUUCAGGCUCAAAGCGUUGCCUUUCGGCGCGUGCAGAAGCGUUUAUUCGUUUCUGCGCGUAGUGCAUAGCAUCUGGUUCAUAGGGACUGUUGGGUUAAGCCUCCCUUGGGUUUGCUAUUUCGAUGACUUCAUCACGAUUUGUUCGGGCAGCCUCGCACACAGCACUGACGCUACCAUCAAGCGCUUAUUCAAGCUCCUGGGCUGGACACUGUCCAGUGACGGAAAGAAGGACUUGCCGUUCAGGAGGUCUUUCGAAGCUCUUGGCAUCGUCGUCGAUUUAGAGGAGAGCGCGAACAAAGUUGUGAAGUUUGCAAACACCCCAUCCAGGGUGAGCGAACUCUGUGGGUCCAUUGGCGACAUACUCGACGCUGGUUCCCUCAAACAGCCUCUGGCCUUGAGGUUGAGGGGACGCAUGCAGUUUGCUGACAGUCAAUUGUUUGGAAGGUCCGCUAGGAUGUGCCUUAGACAAGUCACCAAGCACGCCUAUAGUGAUGUGUCCGAUACCUUGUGUGAGGAUUGCGUUUUCGCUCUGGACAGGUUCAGGAAGAUGCUUCUGGAGCACAAACCCAGAGUCUUGAACGGAUCUUUGCGGGAAAAAUUCGUCAUCUUCACGGACGCCUGCUUCGACCCAGAGGCAUCGGACUGGGCGUGUGGUAUUGGUGGCCUGCUGUUCUCUGACAGAGGUAAACUCCUAGGUGCCUUUUCCGAGCAACUUGAGCGCUGGCAGAUUGAAGCAUUGACCGAGGGCUUUCGUAAGACGGUCAUUUUUGAAGCUGAACUUUUGGCAGUUAUCGUUUCGCAGCUUGUAUGGGGACACGUCAUCAGACAUGCACCUGUGCUGUGGUUCGUUGAUAACAAUGCCUCCCGCGACAUCGCGAUUUCAGGCUGCACGAGGUCUGACAAUGCACAAGCGCUUCUAAAU